GUUCAUUUUGGCAUCAAAUGUUGACUGCGCAUGACUCAUUAUGUAUUAAGCGUACACUAAGAUUUAUAUUCAAAUCAAACUGCAAAAGUUAUGUACUGCUCAUCUACUAGAUUAAGAGAAGCUGGUAAAGCUAGUGCUGAUGGUGAAAUCUCGUCCACGUGACCGAGCUGGAAAGGAAUUCCUGUUCCAGAGGCCAAUGCUGAACUCCAAGCAAAUAUAUGUCUGAUAUGGCAUCUAAUUCACUCCAAAAAUGGGCCGCGGAAGAAUACCUAUGGAACCAAUUCAGAACGAGAAAACUCGCAGGACAACAUUCCUGAAGAGAAGAGAUGGUUUGAUGAAGAAAGUGAAGGAGCUUUCCAUUCUUUGUGAUGUUAAUGCUUGUUUAAUCAUGUAUGCUGAAGGACUUGAUGAACCACAAACAUGGCCUAAAAAAGACACAGAGGUACAAUGUAUCAUUCAAAAAUACUGCAAUACAGCUAAUGAUAGGCGUCCUAAGAUCUAUGAUGUGCAUGAGUACUAUAAAGAUAAGGUGAAAAAAAUUGAAGCUGAGAUUUCCAAAGUGCACAAGGAGGAGCUUAAGAUCUUGUACCCAACUUGGGAUGACAGUUUCAAUAAUCUUGGAGAGGAGCAAUUGAGGAGUUUUAUUAGCAAGCUGGAUGCUAAGCUUGAUGCUUGUAAUCAAAAGAUAAAUAUCUUGAAAGGAGAUCACGAUCAUAGGGGAAAAGAAAAAGCAAGAGAGAUUGUCACAGUUUCCCGAACCGGCUAUGAGACACAGGUUACUCCUCCGCCCUACUUGGCCUCAAAUCCUAUGAAUCAACUCAAUGGUCUCAUGAUGCAAAACAUGUCUCAAGCUCAAGUUUUCCAACCUCCUCCCCCUAUGAAUAUGUUGAAGGCAAACAAUGAUAGAAACCUAUUUCAUAACUUUGGCCAGAGUUCUCAACCACCUUCAUUGCAUCAUUUUGGUCAAAAUCGAAGGGUGGAUUGGGCUGAUCAAGUGCGUGCUCUUUCUUAUGAUCCCACAACUGGUACGAACUAUGAUAAAAACAAGUUAGCAGUUUUCCCAUUUCACCAUGGCCAGAGUUCUCAAUCACCACCUUCCUUGCUUAAUUUUGGUCAAAAUGGAAGGGUGGAUUGGGCUAAUCAAGUUGGUGCUCUUGCUAAUUAUGAUCCCACAACUGGUAUGCUUAUAAAUGGAGUUCGAGCUGAAAAUAAUCAAAACAUCUCACAAUGCUAUUGCAAUGGAAAUAUGCAGAGGAUGCAGCCAUGUAGUAUUGGUAAUUUGCAUACUCAAUAUCCUGCUCAAAUAAAGUCGAAGGAAGAAGAAGCUUUUUUAUCAUAUGUACCACCUGGGUUCCAACCUAAUGGAUUUUAUGGUACAGAUGUUGUUCAAGCUCAUAUGUUCAGCCACAUGCAUGGAUUUGGAAGGAAGUAGUCAAUACUUCUACUUUAAGCAUAUAUCUAUCUAGCAUUGUUGGAAUUUUUAUUAUUAUUUAUUUAUUUUUAAGUAAAUUAUUUAUUU